CAACUUCGUCACGGUUCAAGUGUUGAUCGAUAUUUUGGAAGAGAAAACAUCAGUGCGAUAUUAGUUCACAGAACCGAAAUUUAAUGGGAUCUUCAAGCCGUUUGAAGGCAAAUGAAAAGAUGCUGAAGCACAAGGAUUGCUGUACGAGAAUGGCAAGGUCCUAAAACGUGCGCAAAACGCUGAACAAACAGCGAUACGGCGCCUGUAUUUGUGGAGUUUAAGAAAGGCAAUUAUGUCCAUGAAUCGACCAUCAGCUGCCGCUUCAGUUAACAGAAAGAUGAUUCGACAAAAUCCGUCCGCUUCUCAGGCAGUCGCGAGUGCCAACGUAGACCUUACAAGUAUUUUUGAAUGCCCUGUUUGCUUUGACUAUGUCUUACCGCCGAUUCUACAGUGUUCUAGCGGCCAUUUGGUUUGUUCAACUUGUCGCCCUAAACUACAAUGUUGUCCGACAUGUCGUGGGCCGCUUGGCAGCAUACGAAAUUUGGCAAUGGAGAAGGUCGCCAGCACGAUAAUGUUUCCUUGUAGAUAUAACUCUGGGGGUUGUGGGGUCUCCCUGCCUUUUUCAGAAAAGACGGAACACGAAGAAUCCUGCGAGUUCAGACCGUACACCUGCCCCUGUCCGGGGGCUUCUUGUAAGUGGCAAGGGGCUUUAGAUGCUGUAAUGCCCCACCUUAUGCACACACACAAGUCCAUCACUACCCUUCAAGGCGAAGAUAUUGUAUUUUUAGCGACGGACAUUAAUCUCCCUGGCGCGGUCGACUGGGUUAUGAUGCAGUCCUGUUUCGGGCACCAUUUUAUGCUCGUCUUAGAAAAACAAGAAAAAUUCGAGGGCCAUCAGCAGUUUUUCGCCAUUGUUCAACUCAUCGGCACACGAAAACAGUCGGAGAAUUUCGUCUAUCGGUUGGAGCUUAAUGGUAACCGUCGACGACUCGCAUGGGAAGCCACGCCCCGUAGCAUUCAUGAGGGAAUCUCGUCCGCGAUAUCCAACAGCGAUUGUCUGAUUUUCGAUACAAGCAUGGCGCAAUUGUUUGCCGAGAAUGGUAACUUAGGUAUCAAUGUCACCAUUUCUAUGUGUUGAAGCCGGAUGCUUACCAGUUGAAAGUGGUAAAGUUCACUAAUCGAGAUAUGUUGACGGAUGUUGGCCAUUGAGCGAAAUGCGUGUACAGUCAAAAUGAAUGUUCAGCGAUGCUUACGAAUAUUGAAAGAAGUUCAAUAUGCUAACUGAAUGUCAAAGAACACUUAGUCGUCAAGAGAAUUGCUCUGACGAGACGUUAUAUGAAGUACUCUUUGUGGUGUAUUGUUGGAAUGUCAAAGGCUCAAGGAGCCCCAUAUUUUGAAAUAGGAGAGAAACAUAUGCUGAAAUGUAGUGUAAGAUCUGAAGGUAGCAUCGGUUAUCGUAGGCCGGACGAAGUUAAUUUGACGUACAAAUUUUAGGUCAAGAACACAUUUAAAUACUCUGGAAAAAUACUCUGGUUCUGAACGAAUAAUAGUAUAUUGAACAAACUUGAAAAAGUUUAUUAAUUAAUUAAUUAAGCAUUAUUCUACGAGAAAGUUUCUUUAUAACAAAGCAACAAAUUAAAAUUGUUGCCCUGGUUUGUAACUGAAUCAACUAAGAAAGAUGGCUACCAGGCCGUCUCGAAUGUCAAAGCGUUUUCGAUCUGGACACUAACAAUGGCAGCUUAUAGACCUUUAUCAGAAAAAUUUGGUGGCUUUUGGCUUAAAAACUGUGGCAUUGGUGCUAUUUUUUAAAAACAUUUUAUUAGAAAAUAUACAUAGGUAAAUAUAAGCAGAACGUCAACGUCUACAGACUUUCUGAAGAGACCUUGGCUCAAAGUGCCACAGUUUUUAAAAUAUAGCCUUCAAAUUUUUUCUACAUACUAAUUUUGACAGUGCCAUUAUAACCGAGGCAGCAAAUGAAAUUGAUCUGGUCUUAGCUUUAUUUGAAGUUACAUCAAAAGUCAAAACAAUGCCGUAAUUAUACUUCGAACGCGAUACUAGCCGUGUCAAGCUGAGCUGUUACCAAUAACGUCUAAACACACAUUGGUUUUAAAAUAUCUGGGCAGUUUUUGUCAAGACUAUCAUAAACUACUCCGAGUUUGACCUAUAAAAUUUAACUCCAUCUUACAGAGAAAAAUGUAUGUAUUAUACAAAAUAAGCUGAUAUGCAAAUAGAUGGCAUAGUAAAAAUAUUGUAAAAAGGUAUUGGUUGAAAAAUAUAAAAACUUUAUGAGUUUUAUUGUUUUAUUUGCUCUUCAUUUUAGCUUGAAGCUGCUUUUUAUUAGAUUACAAUUACAUUUACAGCGCCUGGUCAAAUCUUAUAUAUUUGCUUUUGCAACAAAGCCUACAAAAUGGGCAUCCCUAUGACGUAGAUAUAUUGCUGUAUCCUAAUCUGGUCAUUUGAAAGGCGCUACUGUAUGCAAUGAAGGUACCGUAGUUAACCAAAUAACCAAUUGAGACUCUCCCUUUUGAAGAGUAAAAUCAUCUGGUGUUAGACCGAGUAAAAUCCAGCAUUAGUUUCUCUUUUUAAUUAAUUAAGGUAUUUUCCCUUUUAAGAAAAUUUUGGCAACUAGGAAAUACAUGUAUGAAGGAAAUUUUGAA